AUGGCAAAAGUCAUUUUCACCCCGUGGAAAAACCGAGUCCAUCUCCUCGAGGUUCGCGAUGAGUUCUAUCCGCCCCCAUCAUACUGUGGGCCGGAUAUGCGCUCUCAGGCAUGCGCAAAGGUAGCAGCUUGGAAACUACGUGGCAAUAUUCCUCACCAUGUAGAGGCCACUGCCCUGUUGACAGAUGCAAUUCUUCAUGAUGAUGGGCAACGGAACUCUAUUUUUUCAAUUCGAGCCACUUACUCGGCGGCCUUUUGUCGUUUUGUGACGGGUCUGGUAGAUACGAAAGUCACCGGUCCCCGGAAGACGAUGUUCCAAAGAGCCAUGGAUCUCAGUCUUCCGGCUUCAUUCGUGGAGCUGCGACAUGAGGCGACGCAUCGCGAGCCUCCAUCGCUCACUGUUCUUCGGAAGGCUACCCAACGCUCUUUGGAGUGGCUGUGGGACAAUUAUUGGGCCACGCUGGACCCAGCUGGACUGGGCGGCGCCCCAUUGCGAGCCUAUCACAGUGGUGCGCCGACAAGCGUAGCCAUACGUCAGGUCCUGCAGGCGUUUAUGAAAGAUUCAAAUCUGAGAUCAGCGCAGAAGAAGCGGAAACGCGGACAGGAGGCUGCUGUGGCCGAGCAACUGCUAGAAAUCUGCUGUUCCUCCGCAGAUGGCGUGGUCUUGGCGAUAGCGGAGAUACCAGUUUUGCUCCUGGAAAUGGGUGCUUUGAUUGAGCCGCAAAGAAGGCUGGGCGAUCCCUUGGAUGCGAUAUUUGAAAAGUGGGAUCCCGUUCUGCAGAGAGUGGCAGAUACCCAGCCUUUAUUUCCACAAUUCCUGACUGAAGAGCUCGUCAACGCAUUGGUUUUGUCUGCUUCACCUGAAUCCGUUGAGAGUGCGCAAUCGGAGGCCCUCUGUCUCUGGUUGGAACACAUUUUCGUCUCGAGCACGUGGGAAUCUCAUCGGCAAACUUUACCAGGGAAAUACCUGACUGCAGUCUGCGAGAGUGAUAAAUCCUACUGGACGCAGCUCUUAGCAAGCAAACUUCGUUCUGUACAGCAAACAUCGCUGCCCGAGAGGCGCGGUCGAAAUGGGGCUAAAGCAUCUUCACCGUCAAACCACACUGGCAAUGACCCUGUCGACAGUCUGCCGGAAAUCCUACAAAGGCACGGCUGGAGUCUUGCAAAUCAUUGUGAUAAUCGAUCCUUGGGAGUGGCGGUGGCUAAGUAA